GACGUUUAUGCUUGGCUGGCCGCGGAGUCCGCCGAAGCUUUCCGCGGCGGCUGAGGCAGCUGAGCGGAAAAUGGCUCGGACUGUGGCGGCGGCUGCGGCUCGGGUUGUGGUGGAAACGGAGGCUCAGGCAGCGUGAGGUCUUGCUAUUGGGAGCUACAAGAAAAAAAAAAGAUUAGAGGAAGGUUGGUCUGUUAAGUGGACAUGGCUCAGAUAUCCAGCAGCAAUGGAUUUAAGCAAUGUUCAUCUUCACAUCUGGACCCAACAAGAACAAAAGAUGUGGACAAAGAAGAAGCGUUACAGAUGGAAGCAGAGGCUUUAGCAAAACUGCAGAAAGGUAGACAAGUAACUGAUAAUCAGCGAGGCUUUGAGUUGUCAAGCAGCACCAGACAAAGAGCACAAGUUUAUAACAAACAGGAUUAUGACCUCAUGGUGUUUCCUGAAUCAGAUACCCAAAAAAGAGCAGUUGAUAUUGAUGUAGAAAAGCUAACCCAAGCUGAACUGGAGAAACUAUUGCUAGAUGACAGUUUUGAGACAAGGAAAACACCUGCAAUGCCAGUUACUCCUAUUCUGAGCCCUUCGUUUUCAGCACAGCUGUAUCUGAGACCUACUAUUCAGAGAGGACAGUGGCCAACUGGUUUAUCUGGGCCUUCCACUUAUACUUUACCUUCUAUUUAUCAGUCAACUUAUAGUAGUAAACAGACUGCAUUCCAAAACGGCUUUAAUCCAAGAAUGCCUACUUUUCCAUCCACAGAACCUAUAUAUUUAAGUCUUCCAGGACAGUCCCCAUAUUUUUCAUAUCCUUUGACAUCGGCCACACAGUUUCAUCCACAAGGAAGCUUACCUAUCUGUCAUCCAGUAGUCAGUCCUGACAUGGCAAAGCUGUUUGACAAAAUAGCUAGUACAUCAGCAUUUUUAAAAAAUGGAAAAGCAAGGACUGAUUUGGAAAUAACAAAUUCAAAAGCUACAAUCAGCAAUCUACAGGUAUCUCCAAAGUCUGAAGAUAUCAGUAAAUUUGACUGGUUAGACUUAGAUCCCCUAAGUAAGCCUAAGGUGGACAGUGUGGAGGUAUUAGACUAUGAAGAAGAGAAAAAUGUUCCAGGUUUGCUAGCAGAGGAUCCUUGGGAUGCUGUUCUUCUUGAAGAGAGAUCACUAGCAAGUUGUCACCUUGAAAGAAAGGUGAAUGGAAAAUCUCUUUCUGGAGCAAUGGUAACAAGAAGCCAAUCUUUAAAUAUUCGAACAACUCAGGGCCAAAUAUCUCAGAAAGACCCAAAUGGGACCAGUAGUUUGCCAACUGGAAGUUCUCUUCUACAAGAAAUUGAAGUGCAGAACGAGGAAGUAGCAGCUUUUUGUCAGUCCAUUACAAAAUUAAAGACUAACUUUCCAUAUACCAAUCACUGCACAAAUCCAGGCUAUUUGUUAAGUCCAGUCACAGUGCAAAGAAACAUAUGUGGAGAGAAUGCUAGCGUGAAGGUCUCCAUUGAAAUUGAAGGAUUUCAACUACCAGUUACUUUUACAUGUGAUGUGAGUUCUACUGUAGAAAUUAUUAUUAUGCAAGCCCUUUGCUGGGUGCAUGAUGACUUGAAUGAAGUAGAUGUUGGCAGCUACGUUCUGAAAGUUUGUGGUCAAGAAGAAGUACUGCAGAAUAAUCAUUGCCUUGGAAGUCAUGAACAUAUUCAAAACUGUCGAAAAUGGGACACAGAGAUUAAACUGCAACUUUUGACCUUAAGCGCAAUGUGCCAAAAUCUGGCCCGAACAGUAGAAGAUGAUGAAACACCUGUGGAUUUAAACAAACAUCUGCAUCAAAUAGAAAAACCUUAUAAAGAAGUCAUGACAAGACACCCUAUUGAAGAACUUUUAGAUUCUUAUCACAACCAAGUGGAGCUGGCUCUUCGAAUUGAAAACCAGCACCGAGCAGUAGAUCAAGUAAUUAGAGCUGUAAGAAAAAUCUGUAGUGCUUUAGAUGGUGUAGAGACUCCUGCCAUUACAGAAUCAGUAAAGAAGCUAAAGAGAGCAGUUAAUCUUCCAAGGAGUAAAAGUGCUGAUGUGACUUCUGGAAAGGGAGACCCUAACAAGAAUUCAACUAGGGGCUCACUAAAUCCUGAAAAUCCUGUUCAAGUAAGCAUGGAUCAAUUAACUGCAGCAAUUUAUGAUCUUCUGAGACUCCAUGGAAAUUCUGGUAGGAGUUCUUUGGACUGUGCUCAAAGUAACAGGAACAUCAAGGAAGCAUGUACUGCAACAGAACAGCUCCAGUUUACCAUUUUUGCUGCACAUGGAAUUUCAAGUAACUGGGUAUCAAAUUAUGAAAAAUACUACCUGGUAUGUUCCCUGUCUCACAAUGGAAAAGACCUUUUUAAACCUAUUCAAUCAAAGAAGGUUGGCACUUAUAAGAAUUUCUUCUAUCUUAUUAAAUGGGAUGAACUAAUUAUUUUUCCCAUCCAGAUAUCACAAUUGCCAUUAGAAUCAGUUCUUCACCUUACUCUUUUUGGAAUUUUAAAUCAGAGCAGUGGAAGUUCCCCUGAUUCUAAUAAACAGAGAAAGGGGCCAGAAGCUUUGGGCAAAGUUUCUUUACCUCUUUUUGAUUUUAAACGAUUUUUAACAUGUGGAACUAAGCUUCUAUAUCUUUGGACUUCAUCACAUAUAACUCCUAUUCCUGGAACAAUCCCCAAAAAAGGAUAUGUGAUGGAAAGAAUAGUGUUACAGGUUGAUUUUCCUUCUCCAACAUUUGAUAUCAUUUAUACCACUCCUCAAGUCGACCGAAAUGUUAUACAGCAACACAACUUAGAAACAUUAGGAAAUGAUAUAAAAGGGAAACUUCUUGAUAUUCUUCACAAGGACUCAUCACUUGGACUUUCUAAAGAAGACAAAGCUUUUUUGUGGGAGAAACGUUAUUAUUGCCUCAAACAUCCAAAUUGUCUUCCUAAAAUACUAGCAAGUGCCCCAAACUGGAAAUGGGUUAAUCUUGCCAAAAUUUACUCAUUGCUUCAGCAGUGGCCUCCAUUAGACCCACUGACUGCAUUGGAGCUUCUUGAUUUGAAAUUUGCUGAUCAGGAAGUGAGGUCCCAAGCUGUGACCUGGAUGGAGGCUAUUAGUGAUGAUGAGCUGACAGAUCUUCUUCCACAGUUUGUACAGGCUUUGAAAUAUGAAAUUUAUUUGAACAGUUCAUUAGUACGCUUCCUUCUGUCCAGGGCAUUGGGAAAUAUACAGAUUGCACAUAAUUUAUACUGGCUCCUCAAGGAUGCCCUCCAUGAUGCACAGUUUGGCGCCCGAUAUGAACAUGUUUUGGGUGCUCUCCUCUCAGUAGGAGGAAAAGGACUCAGAGAAGAACUCUUGAAGCAGACAAAACUUGUACAGCUUUUAGGAGGAGUAGCAGAAAAAGUAAAGCAGGCUAGUGGAUCAGCCAGACAGGUUGUCCUCCACAGGAGUAUGGAACGAGUACAGUCCUUUUUUCUAAGAAAUAAAUGUCGUCUCCCUCUCAAUCCAAGUCUUGUGGCAAAAGAAUUAAAUAUUAAGUCGUGUUCCUUCUUCAGCUCUAAUGCUGUGCCCUUAAAGGUCACAAUGGUGAAUACUGAUCCAAUGGGGGAAGAAAUUAAUGUCAUGUUUAAGGUUGGUGAAGAUCUUCGGCAGGAUAUGUUAGCUUUACAGAUGAUAAAGAUUAUGGACAAAAUCUGGCUUAAAGAAGGACUAGAUCUGAGGAUGGUGAUUUUCAAAUGUCUCUCAACAGGCAGAGAUCGAGGCAUGGUGGAGCUGGUUCCUGCUUCAGAUACCCUCAGGAAAAUCCAAGUGGAAUAUGGUGUGACUGGAUCCUUUAAAGAUAAACCACUUGCAGAGUGGCUGAGGAAAUACAAUCCCUCUGAAGAGGAAUAUGAAAAGGCUUCUGAGAAUUUUAUCUAUUCUUGUGCUGGAUGCUGUGUAGCCACCUAUGUUUUAGGAAUCUGUGAUCGACACAAUGACAAUAUAAUGCUUCGAAGCACAGGACACAUGUUUCACAUUGAUUUUGGGAAGUUUUUGGGCCAUGCACAGAUGUUUGGUAGCUUCAAAAGGGAUCGGGCUCCUUUUGUGCUGACCUCUGAUAUGGCAUAUGUCAUUAAUGGAGGUGAAAAGCCCACCAUUCGUUUCCAGUUAUUUGUGGACCUCUGCUGUCAGGCCUACAAUUUGAUAAGAAAGCAGACAAACCUCUUUCUUAACCUCCUGUCACUGAUGAUUCCCUCAGGGUUACCAGAACUUACAAGUAUUCAAGAUUUGAAAUAUGUUAGAGAUGCACUACAGCCCCAAACUACAGAUGCAGAAGCUACAAUUUUCUUUACUAGGCUGAUUGAAUCCAGCUUGGGAAGCAUUGCCACAAAGUUUAACUUCUUCAUUCACAACCUUGCUCAGCUGCGUUUUUCUGGUCUUCCUUCCAAUGAUGAACCCAUCCUUUCAUUUUCACCCAAAACAUACUCCUUUAGACAAGAUGGUCGAAUCAAGGAAGUCUCUGUUUUCACUUAUCAUAAGAAAUACAACCCAGAUAAACAUUACAUUUAUGUAGUCCGAAUUUUGAGGGAAGGACAGCUUGAGCCAUCAUUUGUGUUCCGGACAUUUGACGAAUUUCAGGAACUGCACAACAAGCUCAGUAUUAUUUUUCCACUUUGGAAGUUACCAGGCUUUCCUAAUAGGAUGGUUCUAGGAAGAACCCACAUAAAAGAUGUAGCAGCCAAAAGAAAAAUUGAGUUAAACAGUUAUUUACAGAGUUUGAUGAGUGCUUCAACGGAUGUAGCAGAGUGUGAUCUUGUUUGUACCUUUUUUCACCCUCUUCUUCGUGAUGAGAAAGCUGAAGGAAUAGCUAAGUCUGCAGAUGCGGGGCCCUUCAGUCCUACUCCAGGCCAAAUAGGAGGAUCAGUGAAAUUAUCUGUCUCUUACCGAAAUAGUACUCUUUUUAUCAUGGUGAUGCACAUCAAAGAUCUUGUUACUGAAGAUGGGGCUGACCCAAAUCCUUAUGUCAAAACAUACCUACUUCCAGAUCCCCACAAAACAUCCAAACGCAAAACCAAAAUUUCACGAAAAACUAGGAACCCAACAUUCAAUGAAAUGCUUGUGUACAGUGGAUAUAGCAAAGAAACCCUAAGACAGAGAGAACUUCAACUAAGUGUACUCAGUGCAGAAUCUCUGCGGGAGAAUUUUUUCUUGGGUGGAAUAACCCUGCCUUUGAAAGAUUUCAACUUGAGCAAAGAUACGGUUAAGUGGUAUCAGCUGACUGCAGCAACCUAUUUCUAAGCUAGUGAAUUUCUGAGCUUUGGAAGUAGAACAGUUAUAAACAUGUACGUACGCGCGUGUGUGGGCACACACACACACACACACACACACACUUGAGAACUUUAUAUAGUAUUUUUAUAUUUGGAUAGAAAUUAUAAAGUAAAUGUACUUGCUGCAUUUCAACACACGUGUUGGACCAACAGUCACAUAACUAACUUCUAUGAGUUUGUUGAAGCCAUUGCCGUUUUAAAGUCAUUAUGUAGAAUGCUGUAAACCCUAAACUUAAUAUAUAAUAAGUCUGCAAAAGACUUAGUGAACAAUUUAAUCCCCUCUUGAGUAAUUCAGAGUAAUAGCUUUAGUUUGGUCUUUUUUUCAUUGUUUCUUACAUAGACACAGUAUGUUUGUUUUCCUGUUUUGCACCUUCUAUAGCCUUUACCACUGUGCAUGUUUGCAAACACCAAAGGAAAGGAAAGGUGCAGAUGUUACAGUCAAAUGCAGCUGCUACUCACAGGGCCGAAAAGCAAAGCACAAAUUAUAGUUAUGUUAAGAACUACUAAGUAGUUUAUAGACAUAGGGGGAAAUAACAUUGCUUUCUAUUUUUCAUGUCUUUAAAGCCUUUUUCAGAAUGAAGUGAAGUUACUGAAGUUGUAAAUAAUGGUGCCUUAACUUCAUGCUUGCCUGGCACUUCAUUCUGAUUAUUUUUCCUGACUUGAUAAGUAGUAAGUAGUUUCCUCUCACUUUCAGCUUACUCGAGACAAGAAGUUAUUUACACUUAUUAGUGUUUUUCCCACAGAAAGAUCACUUUCUCUACUUCUGAUAUGUGACUUGGUUAAAGUCAGCCAUUUAAUUUAUGUUUGUGUUAUCCGGUAAUUGAAUGAGAUUCAUCAGUGUAGCUGUAAACUAAAUUCCAUCAUUCCAUUAUACUAAUAGUCCUACAUUUAUUCCCAGGAGUGUGAGUUUGGUAGUUUCACUUUCAUGUAUCUAUAUUCCACUCCCUCAUUAAACAAGUGAAAAUUGUUUACCCAUGUACCCAUUCCUGUUUGGUAGAAGAACUCCAAUGAGUAGGGCAGACUCUUCACAAUGGGCCCAGGACAAAAAUUCUAGGGUCCAUACUGAAUUAAAAUGUAGACUUUUAUGGUAGAGUUGGUUUUGUAAGUGUCUUACAUUUGUAAACAUUGUACAUUAAAAAAUUAUUUUCCUUAAUAUAAUGUGACUUAGAAUCAUAAGGGACAUGAUUGAAAUCAUUUACAGUAACCAUUAAGAAUAAGAUUCAUUUUUAUUAGUUGUUCAACUUCACACACAGUUUUGUGUUUAUUCUGGGUAAAUAUGUAUAUAUAAUAUCCUCAUGGCUAAAACAGAAAGUCACUUUUUAAAUGAUAAUAGAUUGUAACAAUCUGGGUGCUGUAAGAUAACUGACAAAACAUGCAAUGUAGAAUACCAACACAGAAAGGACCGUCUGCAAUUCAGUUGUCCAGAACAGAAAUUUUAUGAACUGUGCAAAUAUUUAAUGUACAUGGUGAUACCUGCAGAGCAGAAAUAGAUGAGUCGAGGAUGCAUCAGUGGGACAGGCUAAAAAAAAAAAAAGAAAAACUUGAAAUUUUUGGUGCCUAACACUAAUGGUCCAUUUGUAGGAAACCCCAUGAGUAUGGUAUAUGAAUGUCUUUUUUUAAAUGUUAAAAUGUGUCGUCUAUUUAAUACAAUAAUCAAAUGCACUCAAAGCAUCACUGUUUAUUUUAUUUUUCCAGAUAGCAUGUGUAAGUAGCUUUGCAAAUGUAAAGAAGUAGUAGAUAUUUUCACUUAAGUUUUUGAUACCUAAUUCCAUUCCACAAGUUGUCAUUAGCACUGUAAAAGUACUGUUUUGGUAAAAGGUCAUUGUUAAUUGGACUCAAUGUAUACUGCCUAUUUGCAGUCUGUUACUGCAGUGCCUCUUAGCAUAAAUAAUAGAGCUGGAAAAUGUCACUUUUCAAUUACAAGAAAUCUGGAUUCUUAUCUAAAAGUGUAUAUUAUGAUUAAUAUUGUACAGUUAACCAGAGUUCAGAACAAGUGGUGAUGUUUUCUCUUAAUUUAACUCAUUCUGUGCCUUCUUUGGUCAUUAAAACACCACACACAUACUUUAUAUAUAUUCUAAUAUAAGUUAUUUCUUUGUGAAAUGCUCAUCUGCAGCCCUUACCAAAAAAGGGACUGGGGCACCUCUUUGCACUACUACUAUCAAUAGAUUUUUAAGUGAGUUGGUUUUUUAAUCAUUUUUUAAAACUUACAUUCAAAUAAAUCAAACAAAAGUUUAAACAAGCUAGCCAAGACACUAAUUUGUAUGUAUAAUCACGUUUUAUAUCUACCUUUAUUAAGUAAAAAUAAUUACACUAUACGUAAGUCCUGCACCGGAAGAAUUCUUUCCUCUUGGAGUGUUUUGGGAUUUGAAAAUAAUGGUUUACUCCCAGAACCUAUUGUUUUCUCUACUGAGGAACCCAAUGUAGAACUUGCACUGAUGUUUUUAUUACUGCCUUUAAAAGAAUCAAUUGGUAUCUAAAUGUUAAGGCAUGUAUGGUCUUUGAUAAAGUAUUUUAUCUUUUCAAAUUAAUGUUGAAUAAAAGUUUCAAUAUCUUGCCUUAAAUUGGUUAAUCGGUCUUUUCUAGGACUCCAUUACUAUGGCAUAUAAAAAAGAAAACAUUCAAUUUUGAUACUUAGACUGCAGAUCAAAAAGGACUGAAGCCACACUACUAUAUUUUUAGAUUAACUUACAUGCUGUUUGAGUAGCAGUGCAAAUAUGAAUGAAUAUGGUAGUUAGUCUGAUCUAUAAGAACCAAAUACUUUAUGUUAAGGUAGUGAAUAAGAUGUAUAAUUUUUUUAUUAAUACCUUGAAUAUAUUCAGUGGAUUGGUUGUGACUUCAUAACUGUACUAUAAUUUUAUUAAAAUAUUUCUGGAAUAAAAGAA